AUGAAACAAUUCAAGCAUGCCGAAAUAACCGUCAAGGAACGUGAUACGCUGGUUCGACAGGUAGUUGACUUUUCAUUGGCCCAAAAGAACGGAUUUGUCAAAGCGUACAUGAAGGUUUUUAAGGAGACUGAUCCGGCAGUGGCACUUUCCAAACUUCAAGGUUGUCAUGAACAUUUUCGAGCUCAAGUCACUCGGGUCAAGCGCAACCGAGCAAUUAUACCUGAAAAGGAUGAGGAUUCAUUUCAAGCGCAAGCAUCUUCACUUUUAAAACUAGACCGGCCAGGUAGUUUAACUUUUGAUGAGAAGUUAAAAAAAAUGAUUAAGCAGUUCCCAAAAGCCAAACGGUGGCUUGAAUGGUGGAAAGCAUCCGACAUAAAGUCAAUGCUUUUCAAAUCACGACAAAAGCAACUUGACGACGAUAGCCUUUGCGAUGACAUCAUGCCGUCAACAACGAAUGCACAAGAAUCGAUGCAUCGUGUGUAUUACAUGAUAGCGAAACUGCUCCAUUCAGAUUGGUAUCGUGCAGCUGUAUGCCUUGGUGGCCUGUCUUGA